AUGUUUUCUGUGCCUGUUACCGUGCUGCUAGUAUUGCUGGUCACAUUGGAAGGAGAUGCAUUUAUACCCAUCAUUAACCUGUACCGGGACACGGGUAUGGCAUGUCGCUGGUACAAUAUGCCACCAUACGCGAAUGCCAUCGCGACCCAACCCACAAACGGUGGCAAUGGGAACUACCUAACCGGGCUUGCCACCAUGCUUAACCGUAUGUAUCCCGACUCGAUCACCGGUUCGUCCCAAACCCGUCCGCGUGUUGUGGUGCGUGUCGAGGAGACGGCCACCGUUAGGAAUAGGAGGGGCGUUGCAGUACCGGCCGGCAGUCCAUCCGGCGGUAAUGGAAACCGUGAGUUAGAUUACUACUACGAAACAGAUCCGCAGUACAAUUACGAGGAGGACGGUUAUGCCUACGAUGAUUACAGUGAUCCUGACGAAUAUGCGGACACUGUUACGUAUUAUGACAUGCCUUCGGCGAACGUACGGGGAACCGGUAACGUCUUUCAGACGUGGUACGGGACGGGCAUCAAUGCGCCGUCGGCGACCGGCAGCAGUAACGCGUGCAAUGUAUGCGCAACUUCAGCGUUGCUCAACUUCCUAAUGGGUUAAU